AUGUCCCGACAGCUCUCCGCAGUGGUGGCGCUCUUCAUGUCCCUGGCCGUAAUUUUGCAGGAUGGCAGUCAAGCAAGAGCAAAAUCAUCUCCAGAAAGCAGAGUCUAUCUUCAACCCACUACAGCAGCCACAGCAAAACCUUCUCUCUUGCAACAAACUAACCAGGUGCCUCAUGAAACUUUAGCAGCAAGAUCAACGGAUGGUCACAUCACCUCUGAAAUAGCUGCCACAGUAAAAACUCCAACUACCCCAGUAACUACAAGAAACACUCCACCCACCAGCCCAAUUAUGCACACCUUGAUCACAACGCAGGCCACAGCCAACUCACACACGGCUACUCCAGUUACUGAAGCUACCAUCGGCAACAGCUCAGCCCCUCAUUCACAGCCACCCACCAGCACCCCGCCAGCCUACACAACGGGAACCAGCCCAUCAACUGUCUGCUGCACAACUGGGCAAACCACCCACCCCAGUAACCCGACCACCCUCCCAAUGACUUUGUCAACAGCACCACACAAAAGCACAACCAGUCAGAAGCUUAUUCAAUCCAGCUAUGCCCCAGGAACAACUACAGCUGCACACAACACCACCCAAACAACCUCACCUGCCUCCACAGCUCCUGGGCCCACCCUUGCCCCUCAGCCAUCAUCAGCCAAGACGGGAACUUAUCAAGUUCUAAAUGGAAGCAGGCUCUGUAUAAAAGCAGAGAUGGGGAUACAACUAAUUGUUCAAGACAAGGAGUCGGUUUUUCCAUCUCAGAGAUACUUCAACAUUGAGCCCAAUGCAACUCAAGCCUCUGGGAACUGUGGCUCCCAAAAAUCCAACCUUCUCUUGAAUUUUCGGGGUGGAUUUGUGAAUCUCACGUUCACCAAGGAUGAAAAAUCAUAUUACAUCAGUAAAGUGGGAGCCUAUUUGACCGUCUCAAAUCCAGAGACAAUUUACCAAGGAUUGAAGGGUGCGCUGGUGCUGUUUGAGACGGUGGUCGGGCAUUCCUUCAGGUGUGUGAGCGAGCAAAGCCUCCAGCUGUCCGCCCAGCUCCAGCUGAAAACAAUGAAUGUCCAACUUCAAGCCUUUGAUUUGGAAGACGACCACUUUGGAAAUGUGGAUGAGUGCUCGUCUGACUACACAAUUAUGCUUCCUGUGAUUGGGGCCAUCGUGGUUGGUCUCUUCCUUGUAGGUAUGGGUGUCUAUAAAAUCCGCGUAAGGUGUCAAUCAUCUGGAUACCAGAGAAUCUAAUUGGUGCCCAGAGGAAAUGAAAAUAAUGGAGUUUAGAGAAUUCUUUCAUCGCUUCCAGGAUGGAUAUUAGGAACUUCCCUUAGAAUAUGGGUCCUUUGAACAUACGAACCACCAUCUUCCGCUAAAACCAAGUGAGCCAUUUGUGAUUUAAGUUCAGGCAGCACAUCAAUUUCUAAAUACUUUUUGCUCAUUUUAUGAAAGAUUUAGUGAUCUGUUUAAGAGUAUUUUCUAAUUUCCUUCAGAAUAUUUUAACUCAAAGGCAACAUUUGAGAUAUGCUGAAUUAACAUAUGUAAAGUGGCAUAUGCCUCCAAAUUACAAACCAAAGUGUCAAUUGUAAUUAAUGCUACCUGUGUUUGCAUUGAAGAUUUUAUUUUACCCUU